AUGACACAAAAACAUCAUUACAAAUUGGUGUAUUUUGAUACGAAAGGAAGAGCUGAACCAAUUCGACUUCUCUUCAAUUAUUUCGAUGUCGAUUUUGAAGAUGUUCGAUUGAAGAAAGAGGAGGAUUACAAAAAUGGUUCUCCAUUUGGACAACUCCCAUAUUUGGAUGUGGAUCGAGGGAAACAUGUGAUCUCCCAGACUUCAGCCAUUCUUCGAUAUGUAGCCAAAUCGUUUCAAGCAGGUUUUGCCGGAAAAACACGAAUUGAUGCGGCUAAAUGUGAUAUGUUUAACGACACAUUUUGGGAUGUUCUCUAUGCAUAUUGGAGUGAAAAACUUGCACCAACUCCAGAAAUGGCGGAAGAAAUGCGGAUGAAAUGGCUUCAAAUUCGACCGGAGAAACUCGAAAUCUUUCAAAAAUAUUUACGGAAAAAUGGUGGUAGAUACAUGGUUGGGGAUGAGUUGACCUACACGGAUUUGUGUUUCCUGUAUUUCUUGUAUGUAAUUCAAAGAGGCGAUGGUUCGGGAGCACUUGAUGAUUUCCCGUUGUUGACGGAGUAUUACAAUAGGAUUCUCCGACUUCCGCAGAUCACAGAAUACGUGUUGAGAGAAUGGAAUAUCGAUGAAGAAAAAAAUAGACACUCUGAC